AUGGCCAUGAAACACAAACCAGCCGAGAGGACAGACCGCCUGAGUCUCCUGCCAGCAGAGCUCCUCAGAGACAUCAUCGAGUAUGUAGACGUCGCUUCCCACCUAAACUUUGCCUGCACCUGCAAGAAGAUCGCCAAGUGUUCAGCCGGCGUUCUUCGCCAUCACAGAGAAAUCCAUAAUCAGUACGGCGUCAUCUCAGACCUCCAGCCGGCAACUAUACCCACAUUAUUGCGCAAUGUUCUCAUGCACAAGGACCCGUGGAUCACAUGGCACAUACGUUCACUAGAAAUAUGGGGUAGCCGAAGAUUUUGGGAAGACUGGCGGCCGUUCAACCUCGUCUUGCUUUGGCCGCGAGAACGUUUUGACGAACAUGCGCAGCCGUUGGAGUGGCCGUUGGAAGACAAGGAGCGGGGGGAGUACAUGCGGCUUUUUAAAGAUAUAUUUCAUCCGGAUUUCGACGAUACGUGUUUGGCCGAACAACAACUCGACGAGGGUAACGAUGGCAUCCUCAAAAUCUUACUUAUGGCUCUAUGCCCUCACCUGAGUAGUGUGAAAUACAUCCUGUGCGACGAGGGCACCAGAGAUGAUAGCCUGAAAUGGCUCACUUCGCUCAUCGAAAGGAGUCAACUUAUCGGAUCCUGGGCACCAGGGCUACGCGCUCUUCGUGAGGUCUCCAUCGGAGUGCGCUCCGGAACUUGGCUAGACUGCGAUUAUGGAAUCUAUCAUCGCCCCGAUCUCCUAGCAAAUGUGCUCAUGCUCCCCAGCAUCGAUACCGUCUACUUCCACGGCCUCUACGAUUGGGAUGGCGAUCGUAUCAAUGACUUGGUCCGCGGCCUGUCACGCGGCUGCUCAAGCGUACAGCACCUAUUCAUCGAUGGGGCAGGGUUUUUGAGUGCAGGGUUCUGCUCAGCCCUUCUCAACGCCCCUCGCUCCCUCAAAACCCUCUGCCUCCGCGGCAACGUUAGACGUGAUCAGGACUUCUGGGACGAAAUUGACAGAUUCCUGCUCAGUGCCCGCAACGCCCAGGCUGAAUCUCUUGAAAGCUUCAUGCUGUACGGAGCGUGGGGGAUGCAAACUGCUCGCAAAUCCGGCUGUGAGCUGUAUCACCUCCAUUUGCUCGAACUCAACACAUUUCCACACCUCCGGCACGUCUGGCUCGACAACGCCGACCUUCUCAAGCAGGCGGACAGCUACGACAUGUACACGAUACCACAGCUAUGGCAAACUCCCGCUGAAGCAGCGCUCGAGUGGAUUAUCUCCCGCCUCCCUGCGGCGAUGGAGGUUCUCUUCCUGGGUAACUCGGCGGAGCAAAGUGACCCAGAAAAGACAGAGAAUCUCCUCAUCGGCCUUCUCAAGUCGGACAGGUUCCCAAAGUUCAAGGCACUUUUCAUCGAGGACGACGUGGUCCGACGAGACCGGUGCGACCGGGCGCGUUGCUCCAAGCAUAAGCCGCCCAACAACCUUUGCUUCCAGCGCCUCAUAGCCGUUGGUGAGAAGCGCGGGGUCGACGUGAAUUGUACGGCUAGCGGGCCCAAGAAGAGGAUUCACGACGACAAGGAUAUCGGGUUUCCUGCUGGCCCGCAAUACGCGGCCGGGCUGAAGUCUUUGCCCCUAGACCCCUCAAUCGAUGGUUCCGGCGCGCGAGAGUUCAAUGUGUUUGAUGGUCAGUGGCAGCUCAAGGGGUGCGGUAACUGUGGCGAGUGCGAGAAGUGUUUCCAAGCGUACUCUGAAGAGAGUUGGAAGACGAGAGGGAAAGGGAUCGAGACAUGA